AUGAAAGCAACAAAUAGUAAUAUUAAAAAAGCCAUCCAAACCAUUUUGAAAAAACAAAUACCUGGAAAAUUAUGGAUUAUUGAUGAAAUGGUUUCAAAUUUGGAAAAUCUUCAAAUCAAGGAUUGUUCAAAAGGUUGUGAUAAUUUGGUUUAUUUAGUUUCAUUGAAAAAUGAAAAUAAUAAUAUUAAAAAUGGUGAUGAUAAUAAUGAUAAUGAUAAUGAUAAUGAUAAUGAUGAGGAAAAAAUUAUUAUAAGAAUACCAAAACUUUUAGGAGAUGAAGAUUGUCCAAUAAUGCAUACACCAAAAAUGCAAGCUGAAUUAUUAAAAGUUUUAAAUGAAAUGAAAUUUAAUGAAAUUGAUAUAAUGGUACCAAAUUUAUUAUCAUAUGAUGAUCAAUUCGUUAUAGAAUCAUAUAUACCCUCACAAGAUUUGAGUGAAGUCUUUUCAAAACCAUCACAAAUGAAUGAUACUCAAAUCAAACAAGUAUUUACAAAGAUUGGCACAAUUUUGAAAAGAAUUCAUUCAAAAUCCACUCCAUCUGCUUCAUAUGGUAGUUUAAAAAAUGUACAAUUACAAGGUUCACUUUCAAAUUGGAAUGAUUAUUUUGAAAUUGAUUUCAUUAAACAAUUUGAUACAAUGGAAAUUAAUAUAGAAAUAAUUAAUAAUUAUAAUAAUAAUAAUAAUAAUAAUAAUAAUAAAUUUAAAGAUAGAGAAGAAGUUAUAAAUCGUUUAAAAGGAUUUUAUUAUGGUGAUGUAAAAAAGUACCUUUUAGAAUUCAAUAAACCAACUUUAGUUCAUGCUGAUUUAUGUAGUAAUAAUAUUAGAAUCAAUAAAUGUAAAAAUAAAAAUAAUAAUAAUGAUGAUAUUAAAGUAACUGGUAUUAUUGAUUUUGCAGAUUCAAUUAGUGGUGAUGGGUUAUAUGAUAUUGGUAGAAUUCUAUCUCAUGUUUAUGGUGAUUGGAGAUUUAUUGAUGCAAUUGAAAUUGGUUAUUGUGAAAAUUCAUCACCAUUCAAUCAAACUCAAUUAAAAAUGAUCAUAUUCUAUGCAUUGUCAUUUUGUUGUUGGUUAUUAGAUAUCUCUGACACUGAAGAUGAUAUAAUAAAAUAUAAUCAAAUUUUAUCAUCUUUAUUAAACCAUUAUAAAAACAAAAUAAAUAAAUAA